AUGUCUUUACUUUCAACAGAAAAACAAUUUUCUAAAACUUUUGCUAAACUUUUGAGACAUUUGGCACUUUCUGUUUCUGAAACUGAUCAUUUAUUAUUUUUUGUUUUUCAAAUGAUUGAAUCUAUGUUUUUUGAAAGAGCAAAAAUAAAAACUGAUUUAUUACAAUUUGGCCGUUGUAUGUUUCAUAGCCAACAACAAUUUCAAUCUUUACGUUUUCGCUACACAAUUUCUUUAGAUAAAUCAAAUAAUAAUAACAACGACAAUAUACCUUUAUUUAAAUUAUGUUAUAAACUUACAAGAGCACGAGAACGUGAUAACAAAGUUAUUGAUAAAGAGGAAGCUGAAAAGAAUUAUUUAUUUCAACGAUGCUUUUUCCAUAAUGUUGAUCCGGAAAAUGUUGUCCGUUCAGCACCUUCUGAACCUGCUGGUCCAUUUACUUUUGCACAUCUAAAUAAACACAAAAACGUGACAAUCUCUGAAAGUGAAGAUACAGAUGUGGAAAGUAACAACAAUAACGAGAUUGCCGAUUUGUUAUCUUCCUCUUCCUCAUCUUCAAGUGAUAACGACGAGGAUGAAAUAUUGGAAGAAAAUGUUCGAGGAAAGGCUACUGGCAAAAAAUACCCUCUUAAAUUAACUUCGUUGCCAGCGCCUGCUACACUAGCACUUUGCGCAUUUAGAUAUUGGUGAUUGUUUGUUACUUUACCUAUCUUUUUAAAUUAUUUUUUUUGUUUUUAUAUAAAAGUUUAUAAAAUUUUGGCUAUUAUUUCGUGACACUUUUUCGAAGUGGAUUUCGAAGAUGCCAUGUCUUCUUAACCACAUUCUGAUACAUACACACCAGGGAUGUGCCAGCUUCGCCUUUCGCCUUUUUUUGAGUUUCGUCUUUCGC